AAAAAAGUAUUCUGUUGUGGCGGGGUGUUGAUGUCGCUAGACCGCAACCGGUUUAGUUUCGGAUAUGCUGUGUCUCUGGUCUGCUUCGAUCGCCGUAGCGUCUCGACCUCCCGUCAAAUGUGUCAGUGUGUCAGUGUGUCCCUCUAUUGGUGAGCUUCCGAGAGGUACCUAAUGGAUGUUCAACGGAACUCUCCUGAACAAGGGAGUUUAUACCAACCUCGACUGUUUCUUCCCCUCCUUUCUUCACCCACGUGCGUACCUUCCCGUGGAAGCUCAUCCUUGAUCUCUAACUGUGUUGUUCUCUCCUUGCCACGAGCGGUUUGAUUACUAUCGAGACGGCGUUAAUGAGGCUGGUGGACCACUGCUCUAUACCUGAACGCCUCUCCGGGCUGGCCUUUCACCAUGUGGCUUGACCGCAUGUCCGGUCAUUCGACCCCCUCAGGACCUCAGAUUGAUAGUCGCAGCAAUUCCCCCCUUCCUCGACGGUCCACUUCUCGCCUGUCUCCCUAUGCGCAGAACAGUCGUCCUCAGCCUAGUCGGCCUGGAUCGUCAUUGUCCAACUUACUCACUCCUAGCGACUCUACUACCUCUCUUUCCGCCACUCAACGUGCCGACGGCACGACCGUGAAACAAUUUCCUGCGAAGACUCGGCCAUCUAACGUGGCGGAUCCACUUGAUGCGCUAAAUGAUAUUAUUGGAAAGCGGAAGGAAAAGCUGGCGGAAGCAGAAUCGCCUGUUUUAUCUUCUACACUUGAAAUAAAACCGUCGCAGUUGGUGGCGGAAAUCGACUUUGGAGAUCUCAGCCUCGAGGAGUUUGUCACGAAACCCGAUGAGCCGAGGAGGGCUACAAAUAACGACGUUGGCGCGCAAACAAUCCAGCAGUUCGAGAAGGAAAGAGAUAAAUUCCAGGAUCUCCAUUCUGCUAUCACAGGCUGUGACGAUGUUUCUAAGUCGGUAGAGAAGUACCUAAAUGACUUUCAGACUGAACUCGGUGCAGUUUCGGCGGAGAUAGAGACUCUGCAGACUCGAUCCAUACAGCUGAAUGCAAUGUUGGCGAAUCGACGCAAUGUAGAACAACUUCUGGGGCCCGCUGUGGAGGAGAUCUCCAUUUCGCCAAAAGCUGUCCGACUAAUUGUAGAGGGGCCGAUCGAUGAGAAUUGGGUCAAAGCGCUGAAUGAGAUCGAGAGCCGGGCAGCCACUAUAGAAGCCAAAGUUUCUAGCCCUAGUAGUACCAAGUCGGUCGAGGAUGUUCGCCCACUUCUGAGCGAUAUCAAGAAAAAAGCAGUUGAAAGGAUCCGGGACUAUUUGGUCUCACAAAUCAGAGCCUUGCGGUCCCCAAAUAUCAACGCCCAGAUAAUCCAGCAGCAGCGCUUGGUGAAAUUCAAGGAUUUGUAUAGCUACCUGUGCAAAGCACAUCCAACCCUUGCAGGGGAGAUCACACAGGCUUACAUCAACACAAUGCGGUGGUAUUAUCUAUCUCAUUUCACCCGCUAUCUUCAAGCGCUUGAAAAGAUCAAAGUGUACCCUAGCGAUCGGAAUGAAGUGCUAGGCGGAGAUCCCUCGGCUCCAAAAUCAGGAAAUUUCGUUCCUGGUGCGCGGGCUGGUGCCGCGGCACAUGACCCAUUCUCGCUCGGAAGGAGAAUUGAAAUCUUGCGAACUGGUAAUCAUAUGGCCAUAUCUUCAUAUGUAGCAGAGGAGGACACUUCUUUCCACGGGAUCGAGGUCCCCUUCAGGAACUUCAACCUGGCUUUGAUGGACAAUGUCUCUGCUGAAUACUCUUUCAUGACGGAGAUGUUCUCCACCUUGUCCUUCCAGCAGAUAUCCCGCAAAGCCACCGAAAUAUUCGACCCGGUGUUUGCUCUCGGCCAAGGUUUGACCAAGCAGUUAGUCGAGCACACGACCGACUCUCUAGGAGUUCUGAUUUGCGUACGAUUGAAUCAACAGGCCGCCUUUGAACUCCAACGUCGGAAAGUUCCCGUUGCUGACACGUACAUCAAUGGUAUAAACAUGCGGCUCUGGCCUAGGUUCCAGGUGAUCAUGGACCUCCACUGCGAGUCUUUAAAGCGAGUAGCUUCACACACGGGCCGAAGUGCUGUAUCCGCCCUAUCUCUGGCUGGUGGGGAUGACCUGAACCAAUCCUCAGCGCCCCACUUCCUUACGCAGAGGUUUGGUCAGUUGUUACACGGCAUUUUGGUGCUGAGUAGUGAAGCCGGAGACGACGAGCCGGUGUCUAAUAGCUUGUUGCGGUUAGCAACCGAGUUUGAUAACCUUUUGGCGAAACUGAGCCGGAUCGGCGGCGAUGCAAAAAGACGGGAAAGAUUCCUAUUUAAUAAUUAUUCUUUGAUUUUGACUAUCAUCAGCGAUACCCAUGGCAAGUUAGCAACCGAACAGAAACGGCAUUUGGACGACAUGUUAAAGAAUGUUGGAAAGCGUGGUUAAACCCUUCAACAUAGUAUAAGUGUGCUCAGAGGAUAUAUAAGAGCACAGGAUACUAUUGACAUAAAACGUACAAACAACUUCA